GGCAUCAGCGGCAUAUUACGUCAAACUACUCAACAUGGCACUCGAAUAUGUUAUUAUAAAUCGCGUACAUUGUCCGACACCGAAAAACGUUAUGAUCCAAUGGAACGCGAGGCGUUAGCUAUGUAUUGGAGUAUACAGCAACUACGAGAAUAUAUUGGCGACUCUUAUUUUUCGAUAGAAACGGACAGUCAACCAUUGAUCAACUUUCAUAAAAAACAAAUUGAUAAUAAACGUGUUAUGCAUUGGCUAUUUAAAUUGCAAGAUAUUAUUCCACAAAUUACUGAAGUCAAACACUUGCCUCGUGAUAAGAACACCGGUCCCGAUUACCUUUCGAAACACCCGAUCUCCUCGACAUCGAAAAAGCCCAUCAAUGAUAACGAUUGGCCUCAAGGGACUGAAACAUGGGAAAUUAAACCACAACGUCCGCCAUCUACGUUCUUCACACAACUAAAUGCCGUCAUUACGCGUCAACAAGCUAAACGAUUAAUACCAGCUCCGCCUCUGACAACCUCCACGGCAGCUCAUGCAUCUCUUUCAUCGGCGCCAGCUACAACUACAAGUCCCUCUCCACAAUUGUUCGACUUCAGCCUAGAUCGUAUUAGAAAAGAACAAAUGGAAGACACCGAUAUUAUAGAAAUAUUUAACAUGGUCAAACAAAAUCCGUCAAAAUCUUCCUUUACAAUUAAGGAUGUUGUCCUGUUUAAACUAUUACCUCGAGGGAAAAGAAAACUACGUGUACCUUAUAUUCCACAAACACUAAUUAAAGAUAUACUAUUCACCCAUCAUGAUCAUCCAUUAGCUGGACAUUUUGGCAUGGAACGCACAUGGAGAAACAUUAAGAACAAAUAUUAUUGGCUAAAUAUGAAAGAUUCAAUUGAAAAUUACAUUCGAUCGUGUUCUAAGUGUUCAAAAUUUAAUAUACAACGUCGAAAGGCUCCUGGUCUAUUGCAACCGAUUGAUCCAGCUCCGGUCUCAUCAGACGAAUAUAAAUACGUUCUAGUCAUAACCGACCGAUUAUCCGGCUACGUCAUUGCAAAGGCUUCUUCUAACAACACUGCUCAGACCACAGCUCAAAUACUAAUGGAAAAUGUUAUUCUCGUUCAUGGGGCGCCUGAUAAAAUCAUCGCCGAUCAAGGACAGCAUUUCAACAAUGAAUUAAUAGCAGCGAUGUCGCUCGCCUUCGCUCGUAUGCCUCGUAAUCCAUUUGAUCGUCCGCCAACAGAAUUCAAAUUCUCACAUCCUAACGAUUAUUGGACUGAACUUCAACGCUUCAAAGUGAUUGCUAACAAGAUGGCUCGUUCAAACAUUCAAUACCGACAAACAUUGACAAAACAGCUUUAUGAUCGAACUAGAUCCAGUCCUGUUUACAACAUUGAUGAUCUCGUUUGGCUCAAAAUAUUAAUCGGCCGAUCAAAGUUAGAUGAACGCUAUCGUGGUCCCUAUCGAAUUACUGAUAAAAUUCCUGCAGUCAAUUACAUGUUAGAUGAUGGUGAUGGUGCAUUCGUGGCACACGUCAAUAACUUAUUACCGGUUUAUGAACGCUUGGUUUAG